AUGAUUCUCAGGGUGACUUUGGUGCCAAAGGCGGAAAUAGAGACAAAUUUUAGUGAUAGAGUAGGUACUUUGGACACCGAGCAUAGGAUUCUCAUCCUCAAUGUUGCUAUGUCCCUUGCUCAACAAGAAUGCACUCCAAUUUCCCAUUUGCAGUCUCCCAUUUUCGAUGAUGAUGCACAACAGCUAUUGCGAAAGGUCGUUGGUUGGAGGCUAGUAAAGGAAGAGGGAAAACUAAAGCUACGAUGUUUAUGGAAGCUUAGAGAUUAUGAAUGUGGAGUAAUUCUCAUAAACAAAAUCUUCAACAUUGUAAAAUCUACUUCACCUGGAAGCUUUGGACUUCUUCCAUAG